GUCGCAGUCACCCGAAAGCUCGCAUCCUGUCGCCGGGACACCGUUGUAUAGUGUGGACAUACAAUAAUGUCUGCGAUUGUGGCUUCGUACUGUUUAGUCGACGAAGCGUUUAAUAUAUCGUGCUAUUUGUGAUUUUCGUAUAAUACACAGUGCUCGCAGGGAAAUUAUCACUCGUUGUUGUCCUAGGAUUUUAACACCCUCUCGAAAUUUACAUCGAGAUCCGUUUCACAACUCCUGCAUAGAAGGUAACUAAAAAAGAGGCGGAAAAUGUCGUCGGUGAAGGUGGCGGUCCGGGUGCGGCCCUUCAAUAACCGUGAAUUAUCCCGAGAAGCUCAAUGCAUCAUCGAUAUGGUUGGCAACACGACGUCUAUCAUAAAUCCGAAAGCACCACCUGGUACCAAAGAUGCUAUCAAGAGCUUCAAUUACGAUUACUCCUAUUUUUCUAUGGACCCGAACGAUGAAAACUACUCUUCACAAAUAAUGGUGUAUAAGGAUAUUGGAGAGGAGAUGUUGCAGCAUGCAUUCGAGGGGUACAACGUAUGUAUCUUUGCUUAUGGUCAAACCGGCGCGGGAAAAUCUUAUACGAUGAUGGGAAAGCAAGAAGAGGGCCAGGAAGGAAUUAUCCCACAAAUAUGUGACGAUCUGUUUAGAAAAAUCAGUAGAAAUUCAAGUGAUCAUCUCAAAUACUCCGUUGAAGUGAGCUACAUGGAAAUAUAUUGCGAACGAGUGCGUGAUUUACUUAAUCCGAAAAACAAAGGAAAUUUACGAGUCAGAGAACAUCCACUGCUGGGUCCUUAUGUCGAAGAUUUAUCUAAGUUAGCAGUGAUGUCGUAUCAAGAUAUUCAUGAUCUUAUUGACGAAGGCAAUAAAGCCAGGACUGUUGCGGCUACAAACAUGAACGAAACAUCCAGCAGAUCCCACGCAGUGUUCACAAUAUUUUUUACACAACAAAGACACGACAGUACAACAGAUCUAAUCACGGAGAAAGUCAGUAAAAUCUCACUGGUUGAUUUGGCUGGCUCUGAAAGAGCAGAUUCUACCGGUGCAAAAGGCACAAGACUCAAAGAAGGUGCCAAUAUCAAUAAGAGUUUGACUACUCUGGGAAAAGUUAUCAGUGCAUUAGCUGAAAUUGCGGCAACGAAAAAGAAGAAGAAAGCAGACUUCAUCCCAUACAGAGAUUCGGUUUUGACAUGGUUACUCCGUGAAAAUCUUGGUGGAAAUUCGAAGACCGCUAUGAUUGCAGCUGUUAGCCCAGCUGACAUUAAUUACGAUGAAACUCUUUCCACAUUGAGAUAUGCAGACAGAGCAAAACAGAUUGUUUGCAAAGCUGUUGUCAAUGAGGAUGCUAAUGCUAAACUUAUUAGAGAAUUGAAAGAAGAAAUUCAGAAGCUGCGGGAGCUUCUAAAACAGGAGGGCAUCGACGUACAAGAAGGGCCAGAUGGUAAAGUCACUUAUGAAAAGAAAGAACCUAGAGAUGAACCACAAACGAUGAAAACUUCCAAGAGAGAGGACGAUAUUAAAGAAACAAGACAACGAGUACCAUCACAUCCCGCGUCUGCCAUUGCCGAAGAGGCUGUAGACCAGCUACAAGCUAGUGAGAAACUUAUAGCUGAAUUGAACGAAACUUGGGAGGAUAAAUUGAAACGAACGGAAUCAAUACGUCUACAGAGAGAAGCUGUGUUUGCUGAAAUGGGUGUCGCCGUAAAAGAAGACGGCAUGACCGUUGGUGUAUUUUCACCAAAAAAGACACCGCAUUUAGUAAAUCUCAAUGAAGAUCCAUUCAUGUCCGAGUGUCUCAUUUACUACAUUAAAGAUGGUUUCACAAGAAUUGGUUCUGCCGAAGCAAACAUCCCACAGGAUAUACAAUUAUGUGGACCACACAUUUUGAGCGAGCAUUGUGUAUUUGAGAAUCACGAGGGUAUUAUCACAUUGAUGCCAAAGAAGGGAGCACUAAUAUACGUGAAUGGCCGCGAGAUCACAGAGCCAAUCGUUCUCAAAACUGGAUCUCGAGUAAUAUUGGGAAAGAAUCACGUGUUUAGAUUCAACCACCCUGAUCAAGUGCGUUCGUUCAAAGUGCGGGAGCGGCGUGAGAAAAAUUCACCAGCUGAAACACCAGGCAAUGGUGAGACUGUGGAUUGGAAUUUUGCACAGAUUGAACUGCUUGAGAAACAAGGUAUUGACUUGAAAGCUGAGAUGGAAAAAAGACUAUUAGUCCUCGAGGAACAAUUCCGCAAAGAGAAAGAAGAAGCAGAUCAGCUCUUUGAGGAACAAAGGAAGAAUUAUGAGGCUCGAAUUGACGCUCUACAAAAGCAGGUUGAAGAGCAGAGCAUGACAAUGUCUAUGUACAGUAGUUACACACCAGAAGAUUUCAAUAACAUUGAAGAAGAUAUCUUUGUCAACCCCUUAUUUGACGCAGAGAGCAACUGGAGUGAGCGCGAAUUCCAGCUAGCAGCAUGGGCAUUUCGCAAAUGGAAAUAUCAUCAGUUUACUAGUCUUCGAGAUGACUUGUGGGGUAACGCAAUUUUCCUCAAGGAAGCUAACGCCAUUUCCGUAGAACUUAAGAAAAAGGUUCAGUUUCAGUUCACACUUCUGACAGACACAUUAUAUUCACCAUUGCCAGUUGACUUGUUACCAGCUAUAGAGGAUGAAGAUGACGAUGAGAGGCCCUUCCCUCGUACUAUCGUGGCUGUUGAGGUCCAAGACACGAAAAAUGGUGCUACACAUUACUGGACUCUCGAUAAGCUAAGACAGCGCUUGGAGUUGAUGCGACACAUAUACAAUGAAGACUUGAGUCCCAGCACUCCGGAGGCCAAAGAGGAUUUUUUCCCAUGCCUUACAGUCUGCUCUAAUCAGAAGUUCUCACUCGCAAAUCUUUUGCCUUCGAGGCAAAGACUGGAGUUAAUGCGAGAAAUGUAUCACAACGAAGCUGAGUUGUCGCCAACUUCGCCAGACUAUAAUAUUGAAACCAUUACCGGUGGCGAUCCCUUCUAUGAUAGAUUCCCAUGGUUCCGGAUGGUUGGAAGAUCCUUCAUAUACCUGAGCAAUCUUAUGUACCCUGUACCACUUAUUCACAAAGUUGCUAUUGUUAAUGAAAAAGGAGAUGUAAAGGGUUACUUAAGAGUUGCUGUUCAAGCUGUUAUCGAAGAGGAAAACAGCGAAUAUUCGAGUGGCGUCAGACAGUCUGCUCGUAUAUCAUUUGAAGAUGAUCUCUUUGGUAACCACAGAUAUAACAAACGAAAUACCCUUCUUACACAAACUCUUGAAAAGAAUCAGCAAAAUCUUUUGCAAGAAGAACGCGUGGUUGAAGGAUCAACCGAAGUGAAAGAUUCUAAGGAGAGUAAGGAUGACGAAGAAGUCGGUGAUGCUGAUAGUGGCAGAGGUGAUAGUUCCGUAUCUAGUGAUAUGAAAGAGGAAGAAUUGCCGGAACAUCUCCAGCCUGGAGUUGAAUUUACCUUUAGAGUGACGGUACUACAAGCAAUGGGAAUUUCUACAGAAUAUGCAGAUAUUUUCUGUCAAUUCAACUUUUUGCAUAGACAUGACGAAGCUUUCUCAACUGAACCUGUUAAAAACGCUGGUAAAGGAAAUCCACCAUUGGGAUUCUAUCAUGUACAGAAUAUAACAGUGACAGUCACCAAAUCUUUCUUGGAAUACCUGAAAACUCAACCUAUUGUAUUCGAAGUAUUUGGUCACUAUCAACAGCAUCCAUUACACAAAGAUGCCAAGUUGGAGUACAGUGCUAGGCAGCCACCAAAGAGGAUGCUUCCACCUUCUAUUCCCAUCAGUCAACCAGUUCGUUCACCGAAGUUUGGCAGCGUGUUACCAUCACCUAGCACAUCGCAUGUUCAUGCUAAAUAUGAUGUGCUAGUGUGGUUCGAAAUUUGUGAACUUGCCCCUAAUGGAGAAUAUGUACCGUCAGUAGUUGACCACAGCGAUGAUUUACCUUGCCGCGGAUUAUUUUUACUUCAUCAAGGAAUCCAACGUCGUAUUCGUAUUACGAUUGUUCACGAACAUGCAUCCGAACUUCGAUGGAAAGAUGUGAGAGAACUUGUUGUAGGACGUAUUCGCAACACACCUGAACCUGAAGAAGAGGAUAAUGAUUCUUCAGUAUUAUCUCUUGGUCUCUUCCCUGGAGAGUAUUUGGAAAUUCCGGGAGAUGACAGAUGCAUGUUUAGAUUUGAAGCAGCCUGGGACAGCUCUUUGCAUAAUUCAGCAUUAUUAAACAGAGUAACAUCCUACGGAGAACAAAUCUUUAUGACCAUUUCGGCUUACUUGGAACUUGAAAACUGUGGAAGGCCAGCUAUUAUAACGAAGGAUCUCAGUAUGAUCAUCUACGGGAGGGAUGCAAGAGUCGGCCCACGAUCUCUGAAGCAUUUGUUUAGUGGUCACUAUCGAAAUCAAGAAGCUAACAGACUCAGUGGUGUCUACGAGUUGGUUUUACGACGUGCGUCUGAAGCAGGUAGCCCAGGAGUACAAAGACGACAACGUAGAGUACUAGAUACAAGUUCUACUUACGUUAGGGGUGAAGAAAACCUCCAUGGAUGGAGACCACGAGGUGAUAGCUUGAUUUUUGAUCAUCAAUGGGAAUUGGAAAAGCUUACUAGACUUGAAGAAGUAGAGCGAGUUCGGCACACUCUUUUACUCCGAGAAAGACUUGGAAUUGAUAAAGUUCCAUUUUGCAAUAAAACUGCACAUGAUUUUACCAAAAGUGAAAAAGAGGUAUGCAAUAUGGUAGCAAAAGCCACUAACGAACCACAUGCUAGCCCAAUUAAACUCAAAAAAUCUGCAAGCAAGGAUGUCUAUGAGCCUUGGGAAAUGACAGAUCGAGAGCGAGAACUUGCUACCAAAUGUGUAAAGUUAAUACAGGGGAGAAUUCCCAGCAAAGAGCCAAUCGUUUUGUCAGAUGUUUCACCUGGGGAGGAUGCUAUAACUGAUAUGUCUACAUCCAUGAUUUCAUCAGUUAUGUCUACGUCAUCACAAGAGUCAGUAUAUCAACACAAAUGUGAUGGUUUUAAACAGCCGACAGGAAUAAUAGUCCGGACCCGAUCUAAGUCGUGCAUCUUUAGGUUGAGUUCUCCGGAGCGUGCUCGGCUCCAGGAACUCCAGGAUAGUAUGAUGGCCGGGGAAUCUGCUAGUCAAGUAAACAGUAUGGCUCCAGCACCCCUUGGUUCUUCGUCACCAUUGAAAGAAAGUUUAGUUCUAUAUGUACCAGAGGUUGAAGAAAUUCGCAUCAGCCCUGUUAUUGCCAGGAAAGGAUAUUUGAAUAUCUUGGAACAUAAAACUAAUGGCUGGAAGAAACGAUGGGUGGCUGUUCGUAGGCCUUACGUUUUUAUCUUUAGAGAGGAAAAAGAUCCGGUUGAACGAGCAUUAAUCAAUCUUGCUACUGCACAAGUUGAAUAUUCUGAGGACCAAUUAGCAAUGGUCAAAGUACCUAAUACAUUCAGCGUGGUAACUAAACAUCGAGGUUACCUGCUCCAAACACUUGGUGAUAAGGAAGUCUACGACUGGCUUUAUGCUAUCAAUCCGUUACUUGCUGGACAAAUUAGGUCAAAACUGGCUCGCAAAGGUCCUGGUUCCAAUAUCGCUCCUAUUACGCUAGCUCCACCUCCAGAACCUCAGACACAAGCUAAGUGAAUUAUAGAAUACACUAGCUAAGGUAAUGGACGUUGAAAAUAAGAUUCCGAACAGAUACUGCAUCAGACCUCUUCUGUCCUAAGAUAACCAAAUGGCUGUAAUAUUUAAUUUCCAGUUAUCGUUUAGUAAAAUCAAAUUCAAGUCAGCUGCUUAUUAAACAUCUAAUUUCUGUGUACAGCUUUUGCGUUUCAUGAUAGUUGGGAAAAGUAUGUAAUCGCACACACUAUCACUAUUUAGCGUUUAUUUGUAAAAAGAAGACUGAGCUACAGUAUGGAAUUACUUUGAAUGACAUUCAGAAAUCGAUGCAAACGACUGUAUUUACAGUAAACCUGGUAGCUUCGAUAGACUGGUGUUGAGCAGAGAUAUUCUAUAUGUCUUUACUGGAAUUAUUUUCUCAGUCCUACUGGAAUGGUAUAAAAUCAAUUUUAAUAAACAAUUCAUUUAAUGGUAUAAUGAAUACGUGUUUAAAUUUAUCUUUGCACAUCUCUCUGAGUAUUUCUCGUUAAAUACUGUUCAGUUGAGACGUAGCAUGAAAAUUUACCAUUUAAUAUGACACCACGUAAGAUGUCGGACAUGGAUUGCAAAAUAAGUAUAAGUGAUUUGAAGUUGUAUCGUAGACAUGAGCGGACCAUGUUGUAUAUGUAUGUAUACUCAAUAGCAUACAAAUACAUGUAAUAGAUCACAUUGAAAAUAAUGCAUGUAGGACAGUAAAACACAGUGAUCGGUUUGCCUAAUAUACCAUUUAAAUGCGAUGUCAAGCAUUAUUUCCAAACGCGAUCAGACUUUGCAUCUGAUAACAGUAAGUCUGAAUACUAGUAGCUGACUGUAUAUACUUUUAUUGCCCCUCAUAUUGGUAAUUUUCUAUCCAUUGAAAUGCUAAACCAGGAAGAAAAUUGUCCAGCGAUUACAAAAAAGGUAAUAAAUUGAGUGGCCUGAGGUAACAUAUGUUAGCCACUUCUUUGCAAAAAUUCAAACCAGAUAGGAAGAGCAUUUCCAGACCCAUCUCUGCAAUUGAUAUUUAUUUAUUUGAAUAUGUGAAACAAUUUGAUAACCAUCUGAAAUAUAGUUUCCUAGAAAUGGGACAAAAUAAAAUAUUUUUUGAAUGUAACAGGUUUCAACAUUUAUAAAUAUUCUGUAAUAUCGAUUGGUCAGUGACAUACAUAUAUUAUAGGCAUCAGAGACUAACUAUAACAUCAUGUUGCGUAUCAUGAUGAAUCUGAAUUUUAUUUUAUUGUGUGAAAAAUAUUUGACUCUAAAAACGAAAAUAAUGUAUAAGAAAAUUAAAUAUACGCAAUAGUAAUGUAAGUUAUCUUAUGGACAAAAUUGGCAAAAUUUAUAUCAGCAUAUGAUAUCCAAACAAGACUUUAAUGCAGAUCAUAAAUGCAAGUCACAAAUUUUUGCCAAAAUCUCCUGGUAAUCAGGAAAGACUUGGGAAUGUGGUUCUUACUCAAGUGUUACAGUGAACAUGACAAGAACUAGUGUAAAUCAGUGUUUUAGGUGCGCAUGUAACAAAACAUGUCCUGUCGCUACCCUUGAAGUAAAUGUGUCUGAUCACGGAAUGAGAGUAAUAAAUAAACUUGGUCCAACACCAGACUUAAUUGCCAUCACAUUACACAAGCAAUAAAUAUUUGUGAUAUGUACUAUCUUGGCUAUGUUUAACAUGAUCACGUUAUUUCAAUGAUAACAUGAAAGAUCAAUUUUUUUCCGAUUGUUUGUUACUUAGAUGUAAGUACAUUUGUAGUUGAUUGUUUAUAUUCGGAGUACGACAUUGAUAAAUUGUGCAAGUAAAAGUCGUUGAAAGUGAACUGGAAUCUGGUAUAACUCAUUCUGUCUGCAUAAAAGUCUUGAUUAGAUACAUGAAGCCAAAUUCAAAACGGAUUUUAUUGUAAACUUGACUGUAUUAUAACUAUUAUACCUACUGAUUGUCAUCAAACAUAUACAGUUGACAACGUUGGGUUCAUGAAAAAAUCACGAUUUAUUCGUUAAAACGGCCUUUUAGUAAUAUUAUUACGAAGAUCAAGAUGAAUAUUCACACUCUCAUCUUCUUGCUGUGAAAACUUUGUUUCAUUUUUUUUUUUAUUUAUUAAACUGAAUUUAAUUUCUAUAAAAAGGUGUAUAUAUGAAGAGUGAAAGUGUGUGAGAAUGUGAUCUACGUUUAGCUGCAAAUUAAUAUUGUAAUUAUUUAUUAUUGCAAAUGACAAAAGGUACCCUAGACUCAGAGAUGGCUGUUUCAUGUUUAGAAUAAUAAUUUGCAGCAACUCAAACUAACUUAUGUAAAUUCUAUACGACAGUACACCGUUGUUUUGAAAAUCUAUUACUAUUUAUUUAAUUUUUGAAUAGCAGGUGAUUAUCAUUAUAACGGUGUACUCAAUCUUCAAGAAACUUAUAUUGUCGUCAACUGUUAUUAUAAUUUAAACGUUUUCCUAGAUUCUUGGAUUUUGUAGGAGUAAUUUGUCUGUUAAGUUUUGAAUUUUAUUCUGGUAUCGUAAUUUAUUUAUGAUAAGUUAGUUGCAGUAGCAUUUGGAAAAUAGGAAUUGAAAGAUGAAACAAUAAAUGAAAAAGUCAUAAAAAAAGAUUCUAAAGUAUCGAAACCUGUUAUGCAAAACAAUGGGUAACAUGUACUACGAAAAUGACGAGCACGUACAAAUGUGCGUGAAUCAUGUACGGUAGAACGAUAUUCAUUCAAUAAUUGAUUACAAGCUGGCUAAUAUCGAAAUAAGACAAACGAGACAGGAAUUCUGGUAAACUACUGUCCGAUCUUACAUACAUACUACAAACGUACAAUAUAAAAUUCAAAACAAUAAAUAUUUCCGAAGUCUCAGCUCCUUAUAAACCUCUAUGUAAAUUAUAUAAUAUAUGCUUUGAUAGGAACCGCAGGUAUUUCAAUGAUGAUUUAAUAUAAAAAAAAAAAAAUAAAUAAAUAAAUUGAGUUUGGUGUCAGUUGAAAGAAAAAAUAUUUCUAUUUUCCACAAUAGAAAUGUACCCUCAUGUCUAGUACUUAAGUGAGUACAUGCACAGCUCACUUUGUACAUUAUAACGUAGAUUAUUAUUAUCAAUAAAUCUCAACAUAACACAUUUAAUAAUGCAUUGAUUGCAUUCUAGUCAAUGAUGUACCUUUACAUGCAUUUUUGCAUUAUUUGUUACAAUUGUAAAUUUAAAGGAAAUUUAGUAACGUUCAGUUGACGAUGAUUAUUAUUUUUAACUAUAGCUCAUAUAACACUAGUCUUUGUAUAGGAUCAUUGUUGGAUAUUUUACAUUGUUCAGUUUCCAUCUGAAAGCACACAAACAUUGUAUUUGUAUUGCAAUAUGAUAAUAUCUGGGUAAUAACAUUUCUCAAUUGGACUUUUUAAUGCACAGUUUUCUUUCACUGACAACUGUGAGAUUGUGUAGCGACUUAAAUGCAACCAGAAUCAAGUUUUGCCGAACGUCUUGUUAUAACGCGAGUGUAGUAAACUAGGAUAAAGGCUAGUGUUAACAGAGUUCACGUUAUUAUUUUCGCUUGCUGACUGUUGUAGUGUCUAAUAGUUUUAUUUUGUUAUCGAUAUAAUAUAAUCAUUAUGGUAUUUAAGGUUUAUUACUAUUUAAGAUCUCUAUGAUAAUAAAAAAAAUUACGUAAUGAUAGAACAAAAUAAGGUUGAAGAAUGAUUAUACGCGGGACACAUGAUGAUUACAAAACAGUAAAAAGAGAAAAGAUAUUACAAUUACUUAUAUAAAUAAAUAUAGUAUAUAUAUAUAUCUACAUACAUAUAUAUAUAUACAAAUAAAUUUAAUUAUAAUAUAUAAAAUAAAUGGCAGAAUUUUCCCAAUAAAUGCCCCUAUAAAAUAAGUAUAAGUUUAUGUAUUAAUUUAUAAAAUUAUGCAAAGGUUGUUCUGUCAUCCUGAUCAACAUUGGGCAUACAUUCAUGCUGUAACGUGUAUUUACUAUUAUCAUUACCAUAAUGAUCAAUGAAUCUUAAUAUUAUUUGUUAUAUAUUAUUAUAUUACUCCCAGUAAUAUUAUUAUUUACAUACCAAUUGGGCUACUGUAAAGUGGAACCAUGUAAUAAAUGAUUCAAUAAAAGCUUAUAUAUGCCUA